AUGAGUGGAGAUGCUAAACAAGGAAGAUACAGAGGAAAGAAGAAAGCAGAGAACGGAAAAAAUGGAGGAAUUCAAGCUCAGGUUAAAUCCUCAACACCAUCAAUAGAUACUUCAGUCUUCUUUCAGGUUUGUCAGUAUAUCCUAGAUUUACUGCGCAGUGUUGUUGCUCACAAGAUAAAGUUUGGAUUCCUUUGUGUUCUUAUUGGCACUCUAGUAGUUCUGCACAAUACACCGGGUGAUCAUCAGGAGUUCAUUAAACCAAUAGAAAAAUUACUCCUAUGGUGUGGAUGGUGGGUAGGAUUAGGUAUUCUAAGUUCUGUUGGUUUAGGAACAGGACUCCAUACAUUCCUCCUGUACUUAGGUCCACAUAUAGCUGCAGUUACUUUAGCUGCCUAUGAAUGCCAAAGCACUGAGUUCCCUGAACCCCCCUACCCAGAGCAGAUUAUCUGUCCAACAGAUCCCAGCUCUUCAGCUCAAAUGUCAAUCUGGCAAAUCCUAUCCAAGGUUCGGUUAGAAGCUUUCUGUUGGGGUGCUGGAACUGCUAUAGGAGAACUUCCUCCAUACUUCAUGGCAAGGGCUGCCAGGCUUUCAGGAUCUGAACCAGGGGAGGAGGAACAGGAGAUCUUAGAGCUUCAGGAGAAGCUGAAGAAGCCUGAAAGUCUAACAACUGUAGAGCGCUGGAAGUAUAGAAUACAGUGGGCUGUGGAAAAGGUUGGGUUUAUGGGUAUCCUGGUUUGUGCCUCGAUCCCCAACCCUCUCUUCGAUCUGGCUGGAAUCACUUGUGGACACUUUCUGGUUCCUUUCUGGACAUUUUUUGGUGCCACACUGAUUGGGAAAGCGAUUAUAAAAAUGCAUAUACAGAAGAUAUUUGUUAUCCUGGCCUUCAAUGAAAAUCUGCUCGAGUCUGCUAUAUCACUGCUCAGAAGAAUUCCUGCCAUAGGAGAGAAGCUGGAAGCCCCAAUCCGUAGUAUUCUAGUUCAGCAGAAGGAUAAACUGCACAACAAGUCUGGAAAUCAAGAUGGCGGGCCCCAGGGGAACAUCCUGUCCGCCAUCUUUGAAAAAUUUGUUCUCGUCAUGGUCGUUUACUUUGUAGUUUCUAUCAUUCACUCGUUAGCCCAGAAUUAUGCAAAAAGAAAGGCGACAUCUAAAAAAUAAAAACAUAUUGAUUUUAAAAUCAAUAAAA